AUGGAUCCUCUCUUUAUUUCCCCGACGAUGACCUGGAUGCAGCUUUCUUGGCUGAACUCGACCAGGUCGAACAAAGAGUUGUACAAGAAUCUCAAGUGGCGUCUUCUUCCAGGUUACCGCAUCGAGACGUUCCUCAAGUCCAUGGUACUGGCGAGUCCACGUCCUCUGCCCCAGCCUCAGGAGCAGCUGUGGCGUUACAACCCCAAUUGCAAUGUGUAUCAGACUCACGAACGCCCCAUAAUCUUACGGGUUAGGUCUUCUCCACAGAAAAGGAAAAAGACCGAUGCUGAAUCACAGUUGAAAGAACACAUCGAACAAGGUUCCACUCUACCUACCAAAAGGGAGCGCUCAGACGACGAUGUCGAGAUAAUUUCACCGAAGCGGAAAGGGAAAAUGAAAGCCGACAAUGAGAUGCGGCAGAUUCUGUCGAGUUAUGAAGAUGAAUUGACUUGCCCGAUAUGCUUUGAUAUAUUUGUUGCUUCGCAUGUAGGAAAUCCAUGCGGCCAUACAUUUUGCGGCGACUGCGGCUGGCAAUGGCAUGUUCAAAAUAAAAAGAAAGCCUGCCCAUUUUGCCGCAUUGAUCUGGCGGAGUCAAUGCCCAUGAUACCAAACAUUGCCAUGGAUAAUACAGUCGAGAAGCAUAUCAAGGCACUUGCAUCAAGUGGCGUUCGGGAAUGGGAACCAGGUGGGCAAAAGUUCCGCGAAUGGGACGCUCGAAAGCAGGCAUGGCACAACGGCAUGGCCAAACGGGAGCAACAGAAGAAGAUAUCACGACGAGCAUACAAGCCUCCACCAGUAACGACCCAGACUAUGUGGAUAGCGAUGACGGACUCGUUCCAAGACCUAUCCAGCGAGCUCGCCGACGGAGAUGAUAUUGAGGACUUCGGUAUUGUACUUACCAUCAUGAAUGCUAAUCUUAAUGACGUCAUUAUUUCUACUCUGUACUUUGGUGGUCAGUCAACAAAAACUAGUCGGGACUGGGUCUACCCCUCCCGCCACAGCCCUGUCCUGUCAAUAUGA